GUGUAGCAAGAACUUUCGUGGGCCCACAACGUUGACCACAUGGGAGCUGUUCCGUCAUUGGCUGUUGGAAAUGAAUGCGGAGAUAUACACGCGAAUCAAUUCGGACAUGGAGAUGAAUGGCCGCGUGCCCACCCAACUCACGCUGAGCUGUUCAACUAUGACAUCAGAGAACAAGUACGACGCAACGCCGUUUAGCCGCACAACCCCAAUGGCCAUCUCACGAAAGACCACGGUGCAAGACUUGACCAACGAGUGCGAGAGCCUGUUCCUCAGGAGAUUCCCAACG